AUGGACAAGAAUUACAUUGCCAUAGCUGCAUACAGUGGCGAUCAUUGGGAUUCUGUAUUUUGUUCAGCUGGCGGGGUGAGCAUUUCAAAUAUCUACCCGAAAUGUACGUUCAAAAGUCAGGUGGCUCAUUCGUUUGAUGAAUCCGCCACCCAACACAAUUUUUUCCCACCCUUCCUUUUCUCCCCCCACCACCUCCUACACCCCUCAACCUCUCGACAUCGUCUAACCGCAUCGUUUCGGUAG